GACUGAGUCGCGACUCCGCUGGAAUUGGCUUUCACAGCCAGCGCAUUGUCCUCAAGUACGAAAUCAAGUUAGCGACGAGGGUGCGGAUACGAAAAAGUGGAAACUCGGUAGCCGGCAACAGCGAAUCUCAACGUUGGAAAUCGUCCGGGUGACGGCACCAUCCGAGCCAGGUAGCAUGGAACAUCAUCAUCAUCAUCGUCACAUGCACUCGCCGUCGUCGCAGCAGCACGAGCACCAGCAGCACCAGCAGUAUCAGCAACCACCGCAACACCACCAGCAUUAUGAAGCACAUCAACAUCAACAACAGCACCAACACCACCAGCAACAGCAACAGCAGCAUCCUGUACCGGUCCCCAAACAGGAGCAGGCCGACAACACCUCGGCUCCUGUCCUGUCUGCCCUGCCUGCAUACCCGACGCUGCCCCCUAUUUGGGACUCGACGCACUCGCCCGCACUGAGUGCAUCUUCGUCGUCCACAAUGCAGGCUUCGGCUUCUUCCUUAUCCUCGCUGCCGCCGCUUGUUCUGCAUCCUCCCUCAAACGGACUACAGCCCAACAAGCCACGAUCACGCUCGCCAUCGUCAAACCGUUUCCAGACCCGUGAGCCGGCACCAUUAUCGCUCUUUGAUGGCAGCCCUACGACCGAACUUCCCCCUAUUCAGCUGGACCGCAAAAGGAGCAGCUCGGAUCAUUCUCUCCCUUCGAUAGCCUCGCUCAAUGUCGGAAGCUCGUUGCAGCCAACGCCAACACCACAACCUCCUCCAAAGUUCGUCUGGCCCAACUCCAACCCAUUGUCAGCCUACUAUGCUGAGAGUGACAACGAUGGACGUGGCGCAUCUCCCCAGCAGCGUCAUGACCGAAGAUCGACCAGUGUCAGCCUGGAUGAUCCGCAGGUCAUGAUGGCCAUCUCCGCCCUGAACGAAUUGAAAACCGAUUCAGUUUCUUCCCCUCCCAACCGUAAUGCGCCACUGCGUCGUGGGAUGACGGACCAGAACCAAGAACCCGAGCCUCUGUUGUCGCUAAUAACUACAGCCCAUCCCAUUAUCGAAAGCACGGUACAGCGAUCUUCUCACCUCUAUACAAAGACUAAGAACUUCUCUCCCCGCAUCAGAUCAGGCCUCGAAUACGUCGAGGGCUCGCUAAUACCUGUCGCGGACACGGUGAACAAUGUCGGUCGCAGAACCGGGAUCGAGUCCGGCGUCAGAUGGAUUCUUGGAAAGCGGACCAAAAGUUCCAGUGAUACUCGUGAGAGUGGCCAGAACAAGCGACAUAUGACUUCGAGACCAACAAACGGUACAGGGGGCGAGGCACGGUUCUCAGAAGCUCCCACUGCUGAUGCAUCCCGCCGGACUUCGGUCAGCACCAUUGAGACGUUGCCCGCCUAUGACGACCAGCGAUCGCCAGCUUACUCUGAGACGGUUGAACAAAAUGGCCAAGCAGUCGAUCCAAAGUCGGCUCUCCAUGCGCAGCUGGGGAACGGACGGGUCCAGGUGACCACGUCCAGUCUCAAGGAGACCAUGAAGGAAGAAAGUUUACGUUCGCUCAAGUAUGUGCUUGAGACGUUGAGGGAUGUGACCAACACGCUCCAGCAGGGCACCAACGAGUUGAGCUCAGUACUUGAUCAGUAUGACAGGUCGACAACCAGGAGGGAUGGUGAAGACCAUGUCAUGACCAACGGGUCCGCGCCGGAAGAAGAUCGUACGCGGCUGGUGGAGCGUAUGACUGAACUUCGGAAGAGCAUUUACUCCAACAUUAAGGACGUCUCUUCGGUUGUUGCCAAUUACACUGGCGCUGCCUUGCCCGAAAAUGCCGGCAACCUUGUUCGGCACCAUCUGCUCAGCCUGCCCAUGGUCUGGAGUCAGGCUAGCAAAACCACUACCUCGAGCGAGCAACCAAACACGCAAGACCCGAAUGCACUUGUGCGCAAGGCUGCCAAGGUGGCUCUCUCUUUUAGCAAGGAGGGAUUGCACAUUUUCUCUCAGAUCAUGGAGAUCAUUCGUACCGCGACCGAUCACGCGGAGGAUUGGAGGAACAAGAAGAUGAACCAAAUGACCCCUACAAACGGCGCAGAGCAGGAGAUUCGACCUUUGAUUGACCAACCCCUUCCCCAGGUCGCUACCAUCAAUGGUGAUAUUCCCAUGAGGUAGGGACUCUUGUGACAUGUGAGGAAACCGCAGCGAGCAUCUCUUGUUACAAAAAUUUGUUUGUUAUUGAAAAAAGAAGGAUGGCUUCGGUG